UGCUGUCCUACUGUCUGAUUGCUUCUUCUCAGAAGGAACACAGUCAACUGCGUUCUUUCCCCUUUAAACAACGCCUCUGCUGUGUCGCGCCGUUGUGGCCACCGCCGGGGAGACCAGCCGCCCCACAGUAAGAGUCCAGUACGAGUGCAGUGCGCGCAGUGGUGCUAAAUAGCAUGGGGUGUUAUUGUGGCCGGUUGCGUUGUGGGGCUAAAGGUGCGUGAACAAGAAUUUUGGCUUCGUGAUUAUGCUGGUGACGGUGAUGAUAAAUGGUGACAAUUUUGAACUCUGCAUCUGUAGUUACAAUGAACAUAUAACAUAGAUUUUAAUGACAAAAAACAAGUGAGAGUUAAAGCAACAUACGAUGAAGGUAGUGCGUCCUCCACGAGACGUCGAGGAUUUUUCGUAUGGUGCUAAUACUAUUCGAAAUUUGGCCGGAAAAAUUCGCAGCCAGUGAAAGACGUUGUUUUCAUAGUUUGUCAACAUCUUUACUCGUGUCUACGGUAGACAAACACAUCGAAAAAUAUCUUGUGGAAUUUAUGAUAAUACGAUAGUGCGUCUGUUCGAGAAUCAAUUAUAAUAGUAAUAUGCGUCGCAGGACGCGUUCCAUGUCCGGCAUAAAAGUGCACAUUUUACGCUCCCCCAUGAUACACACCAAAUCACCGUGCAAUUGAACGGGCACGCCAUGUUUCGACGAUUACUUUAACUGCUUUUGAGUACCUAUAUAACCUGAUCACGCAGGCGGCACGAAGCGGCGGGAAAACGAGUGCUUCGGUCAGCACAGGUGAUACCGGCCUCAAAAACAGGCUCUUGCUACGACUCAGUUUCGCGCGCCCGCGCGAGUGCUGCCGUCAUCUGGGCAGAGGUAACGGCAGCGUUAGCCGCCAAGGACAAAACGGGACAGUUGGCCUCGUCACCGCCGCUACUGAUCGGACAGAGGGUAGCGCCGGCCUGACGGGUACGGACGGAUAUGCCAGAAGACGGCACAAGAACGGAGACAGAGUAGAUGCUGACUGUGGCGGCAUGGCGGGCACGGGCUAAAAAUCGCGAUUGCGCCUCUACCGUCGUUGUCCUGCCGUCUACUACGACGACCUUGGACAGACAAUGACACGUCGCUCUGCCAUCGCUUUAACGGUAGCAGUAACGAAACCAGAGGUUAGUUGUACAUAAAACAAUAACAACAAAAGCAGUACGUCUUAGGCUACGGGGUCCACUACAGCUUCCGUUCCUAUUAUUCCCGCUAGCACUACUGCUGCUGAUUAGUAUAAGUAUUAUUAUUAUCACUCUAUCUAAACCUGUUGUACAAUCUCGCACAGUAGCGGGCGGUGGGGCAGAAGCAGCAAUAUUAACUUAGCAUAGACAACUCCGUUGCCCCACUAUUAAAAGCCACAGAGAUACAGUAAAAGAUAGUCCGUCCGCGCAGUUCGGCUCCGUUCGACUCAACCGCGAAAGUUCACUUGGGAAACUUAAAACAGCUAAAAAAGACAACGGUGAAGGUAACGGCCGCAGCGGAAAAAUAGGACGUUCAGGCGAGGCCACGGUAGUGCUGAGCAGAAAAUCGUCGUUUACUGGGUCGGCCCGUUGUUCAGCUAGCCGCUCUCUUGGUAAAACAAUGUGUGAGCGUGAAACGCAUGCGAGGCACGCGCAGCGAUCACCUACGGAGCAGCCUCAGCGUCAGCUGGUAGCGCGCCGUGUUGCUGCCGGGGGCAUUUACUAGUAUGCCCUGCGUAGCACUGUGGAAUAGCAAUAACAGUGGAAAUGAGCGGAUCGUUGCCGCUAGAGUCACAGUAAAUGAUACUGAGAUGUUUCAUAGUAACGAACGAAGCGGUUAUGGCGCUGAAUUAGCCCAACGUUAAGCUGAAGAAAGCAACGAAGUGAUUUCACGGUUACGGUGGCUUCUUUUGUCUGAAAUCGCUGCCUCUAGAACAGGCAGAGGUGCAGUUACGACUUUGGGCACUGCUGCGGCGACCGUGAGAAGAUUCAACAAGGGGAAGCACUUAAACGAAGUGGGCGACAAGAGGGCGGAACUGCUAUCAAAGGCGCCUGCCUCUGCAUAAAUAUAGGGGCAUUGCACCGCGAUCAUCAUUGGCGCCUUAUCGCGGUUAUCAUCUGUGUCAACAACAACAGCUGUAAUAGUAACAACAACAACAGGACAAAGCGAACUGCGACGGCCGCUGCCAUUGCCGCUACGUCCGCGUAUUCGUUCGCGAGACAGUUAGUAGCGUGCCACUCAGCAGCGGCGGUAUCAGAAGCAGGCGCUCAAUUGCCAACGUUAACGCCUGUUGUUGUGACGCUGGCUGUUGGUGUUCGUUGGAGUUGUCGCAGCAGCAAGGAUGACGACUAGCAGCGGUGCCUCACUCUCUUCCGCGCGUCACCUCAUUAUAAGCUGUCGCGCUCGCCAGCGUGACCAGCCGCGACACAACUGCAACAGUGUCAAUAGCAACGGCCGGAGAAAGACAAGGCAACAAUAAUCUACCACGAACACCACUCCCCAUAGCCAUCAUCAUCCUCCGCUAGGUACAAGCGCCAUAGCAACGCCACUGUCAUCCUCUGGUCCUGCAAAAAAUGAAGGCAACAGGGUAAACAAGCAAACGCGUUUUCAUCGUAACAGCGGUGGUGGCUAUGGUGACGACAACGUUAACUGAAUCGCUCGCUCACUAAGUGGCUAGCCACCGCUGUUGCGUGACACUAACGUCGGCGUGCCCCCAGAUAGCGAAAGCCAACAGGCUUUACCAACGGCGGUUCACAAUAGCCACUCUAAUCAUAAUUACAGCAGCAGCCCGAACAAGACGCCGACUCUUCGAGACGUCGCUGCGGCUGCUGUUGACAAGAGCAUUACGAAGACAACAAGUUAGUAUUAUCAUCAACAACGUCGUUGUUACGUUUGUUAUUGUCGCACAACUGGACGGAUAGCACUCUGGCUAUGGUAGAGGAGCCAACUAUGGCGACGAUACUCCUCCCUCUACCAUCGUUGCAAUAGCAACAACCCUACGCUUUACUCGAGCAGCCUGCAGCAAGUUCCAUAAGUGACCGCUCAUCGUCGGCCAGUAGUCACGGUGACGACGGCGGCGGCGGCGGGUAUUAGACUGCCACUAACAGUGCUGGCACCGUCGCAGUUGCCCUCUUUACCUCAGUCUAAUAUCAAUUAGAAGAUCUGCAUUCGAUAGAAUUGUGCUCAUCGGACUACCGCGAAUAUUAGGCAGGCAAAAACCAAGUGCAGGCGAGGCAGACAAAGAGAGAGAGAGAGAGAGAGAGAGAGAGAGAGAGAGGAGCGAAGGCAACGAAGGCGAUUUCUCGUUUCCUGAACGUAGUUUUUGUCUCUCUAGAUUCCGGUGUGUAGCAUCUGUGGCAAGCGAAUUGCUUAACGUUUCUGUAACAACAGCAGCUGUCCUGACAACAACAACAACAACAACAACAACGUCAGAAACAAACUGAGAGAUGUGGAACGGAGCAACUGACCGCGAACCAAUAUUAUUGAAGCAUUGGGCCGUACGUUGCAAUGAACGAAGACUUGGAUUGCAGUGCUUUGAACAUAUCGAUCAGUGAUGCUUCUCUCAUGUGGAAAACUAAAAGGCAACAAAUAGCAUAGUAAUACGAGCAUAGGCUAAGCAAGAACAGGGCACUUGUAGUACCGUGAAAUUCAUCGCUAAAUACGUUCUAGCUUCGACGGCCAGCCGAUCGUUAAAAGGCACCACCAUCCCAGUGCACAGUGAAGCUCCGCAUCGCCUGGAUACACACACCUAUAUAUAUAUAUAUAUAUACACACACACACAUAUGGAUAGAUAGAUAACAGUAAUAACAUGACAUCCUGGUGUUCAUGCAAGCAAAGAUCAGUGGUCGUUUUACUGUACUGUGCUGUGUAAUGAUACGAAUCCUUCUGUUGUACUAUGUCUAUUUAGAGCAACUCGUGGGAGACGGAAACGGCCUAGGUAGCUCUUGUUUCUAGCGAAGGUUAAGAUUGCGCGUAGUGCUGAUGACAGUGGAGGCAGCACUGCUGUCCUGGAUGACGGUCAAACUGACAGCAGCAGCGGCGGUGCAGGAUUUGUGUCGUCUAGAAGAGAUACUAAAUCGUCGUCGUUUUUGAGAGAUUGUUUUUAUACAUGUACAUGCUGCGAGUGAGAGUUUUGCCCUGUGUUCGAAUGAACUUCGUCGUACUUGAUGCCAAAGCUCCGUGAUUAAGUGUGCUUUCAGUGACUUAUACUAGGCAAAGGGGACUGUCACCUCUAUCAAAAGGGUCACUCGCUGGCCAGGAUGACGCUGAGCUCGGACGAGACCGCCGAGCCAGCGCGUUGAAUAACAGAAUGCGAUCACCAUCAGCGAGGAGCGAAACGUGCAAAUCGUUGGUGGCCAGGGUUGUGGCUGAGGCGGGGGCGACGGCGGUGAGAGCAGGUUCGGGCGGGUCGGAAAAGUGCCAGCACUUGGCGGCCCUGACGACAACGACGGGGGUGCAGCUCGGUGCCGUCGUGGGACGAAACUGCAGCACAGUCGACUCGAGCCGACUGUCGGACCGAAUCGAAUCCGACGACAAGGGGCACGCCGAAGGCCGUUUGUCCUUUUUUAAAUGGCAAAAAAACGGAGCGCCGGGGGAAAACAGCAACAGCAGACAGCACACGCGACGGCUUACCGAACGGUUCAGAUCUGCUUACGGAAGCGGUGUUCACAGUCGCGGGCGAAGCGGAAGGCCUUCCUCGAGCUACUGCCGCAACAGCAAUAUCAAAAAUUCCUGUCGUUCCUUACUUCUUCCCUUCGUGAUAUGCCUUCUGCUGGCGCAAUUGGUUUCUGGUGUCUUCGGAGCAUCUGGUGCGGCACCGCAGAUACGGGUUACCGGUGGGCCGGUCGUGCCCGUUAUUCCGGUUGCGGUACCGGAUGUUGCCGAAGUUGGCUCCCCAAUGUCGCCCCUGCUCAAAGGGGUUAUUCCAACAAGCAGCUCAUCGGCAUUUGCGGGUUCUCAGUCGCCGUCGGCAAACACGGCCAGAUGUGCGCCAUGCCGAUGCAACGCCGAAACCGGCCACCUGGAUUGCGACUCGUCCACUAACCUCACACGAAUACCAGAACUGACGCCAGAGACCGCGCGGAAAGUUAUUUCGCUUAAAAUGCAUGGCCUCAGAAACUUCACACAUUUAACACCGGAACAACUUGCGAAUUUCACGCAGCUCGCUCAAAUUGAAAUCAGUGACAGCGGCCUCAAAUACGUCCACGAACAGGCCUUCGUCGCCAAUAAGAAGUUAAAUGAAAUACGUCUGCCUGGAAACAUGUUGGAAUUUUUUCCCUGGCAGACCGUUUUCAACCGCCAGACCAUUACCAAACUUAUUCUUCAAAGAAACCCACUGCGAUGUAAUUGUAGCGUGGCAUUUCUGCGUCAGGGACCAGAUGGGCUAUCUUCGAUGGUGCCUUGGUUGGCAGUCACUGACGGGACCGUGGGCGAUGAUCAGCUUCGCUGCCGGAAAGAUCCUUCGCUAAUGUCUGACAGCGAACACACAAGACUCAGUGACCUGGCUUAUGACGAAGAUAAUAUAUGCGAGCCUCCAAACAUCACCUAUGUGAGUCCAACUGCAAAAGCACAACAGGAGAAUGAAACACUGCGCUUCGAGUGUUCCGCCGUCGGAACUCCCACGCCUGAUCUCAAGUGGCAAUGGGCAGAUGGUUUCGCGAGACCUGACUAUGUCCUCAACAUGUCGAAUGACUGCUCGAGCAAGAUCGAUAAGAGUCCGUUUCGGAAAAUUCAAUGCAGUCGGCUGACGUUAAGGGCCUCUGUACGAAUGAACCAGGCUCUAUUGUGUAUCGCUGAAAACGUCGUAUAUGGCCACAUGAAGCCCAUCAAUGUUACGGUAUUCGCCCCGCCAACUGUAAGUACCUUCCGAUUCGAUAACCGACAAACUUUCCACGUUGUUGGGUACGCAUGGCCUCCACCAUAUUUCGUCACUUUCACAUUUAAUGGAGCUCCUCCGAACAUUCCCGGAAGAUAUCUUAUGCGUACAUCGAACGAUACAGGAGCCAUGUGGAAAGCUUCUCUUCAACUAAUGCUCGAUGGUGUUUGGUCUACCUAUCAAGGCAUUUACCGUGUCCAUGCCAACAACACGCUAGGAAGCAUCUCUAAAAGCUAUCAGGGACAAUACGCGAAUAUAUCUUCCCGACAACUGCCAUUUGAUGGAUUACCUUCCAAGGAUCCGCUCAGCAAUCUCGUAUCAAAAGACGAACCAAUGAGCGGCGAUGGAGGAUUCUCUUGGGCCUGGCCCGGGGUCGCGGCGGGGCUCGUUCUCCUCACGAUUGCCACAUUGCUGGCCGCACUACGUUGGCGGCAGUCGAAACGUGCCUCACGUAGCCAUCUACACAAUCGUCGAACACCACACGAUGACAAUGCGAUUAUCCUUCUGCUCUGCUGGAUGUGCGACGCCUUCCGACCUGCCAGAGAUAGAAUGCUCGCUCGCACACAAGGUGGUGCAAUGUCAGGAGAUUCAAAACACUCGCUGCGGAUCGUGUCUCGCGAUAGUAUUCCGUUGAGCAUGACUGCCAAAAUGGUGGAUAACCCCAACUAUCCUGCAAGUCUAUUCCAGGAUGAUCCAGCAAAUGACAACUCGAACCGCACGGAGGUGAUACGCAUCAAACGCGAGAAGAUCUCGUUCAUCCAGCUGUUGGGUGAAGGCGCCUUUGGUCGGGUCUUUCUAGGCAGUGUUGACUAUCUCACACCUUCUGAGCCCACGACACUUGUUGCCGUAAAGACUCUCAAGGACGAGAGCGGGGAGGAGGGAGCCGCAUUCGAACGUGAGGCAGAACUACUAACAGCCCUGAGGCACCAUAACAUUAUCCGAUUUUUCGGGGUGUCCACCGAUCGUGAGCCGUACAUGAUGCUCUUUGAAUACAUGCAACAUGGAGAUCUCAACAACUUCCUCAGAGACCGAGCACCGGAUGGGCUGGUUGUAUCCUCGCCAGCGAGGCCGUUUUGUCCGCUAUCGCGGCUAAAUCUGCUAGACAUCUCGGCACAGAUCGCCUCCGGCAUGGAGUAUCUUGCCUCUCAGCACUUCGUGCACAGAGAUUUGGCAACACGGAACUGUUUAGUGGGAGAGAAAUUGGGGGUUAAGAUCGGAGACUUCGGCAUGAGCCGGGAUGUUUAUAGCACCGAUUACUACCGGGUGGGACGGCAAACGAUGUUACCAAUCCGGUGGAUGCCGCCGGAAAGCAUCCUAUACCGCAAAUUCAGUGUCGAGUCAGACGUCUGGAGUUUCGGGGUCGUCCUGUGGGAGGUGUUCACACAUGGAAAGCAGCCCUGGUAUGAGCACACUAAUUACGAGGUAAUCCAACAGGUUACAAAUAACGCAGUCUUACCGCAACCGGCCGAUUGUCCCCUCGAAAUCUAUCAGGUGAUGUUGACGUGCUGGCGACCACAGCCACAUGAACGAGCACGAAUCAAGGACGUUCGGACGCGCCUAGAGCAGUUUCUUACGAAUGAGUCGCAGUACAUGACAUUAGUUGACGAAAUUCCUGAGCCUGAAAUUGACUCCGGACAGGAGCAGGACAAAGACGAAGCGGACCCUGAAAGAGACCCAUUGGAUAGCAUGGAAGCGGGCGACACCCAACCUCUCACCGGUGUGAUCAUGAACGAAGUGGGACGGAGACCGUCGGAAAAAAGGCUUGAUCUGUAAAACCGUUAAACACAAUAGAAAAUUGAUAUGUACACAUCGAUAAAUGCCGCCUACAUUAACAGGUGGUAGAUCCAGCAAACCUCAGGAUGCUAAUAGUGACACUCAUACAAUUGUUGCUUGCGUUCAUAAGCACCCAAAUUCAAAACGACAAAUUUUGAAGAAUCACAAAAAUUUACUAUAUAUUUUUAAUUGCUCUAACAAUUUAUAGUUAACUUUCGCCUCGUCCGAAGCAAAGACCGUCCUAAAGGAGAGCCUAACGUUCUGACCUACGUUAGGAGCACGUACACAAUAACAAAUACUAGACCAUACAUCCUCAUCUUCAAUGCGUAAGUAUGUCGCACGGCCUUAAGAAUUCUCUAAAUUGCACGAUGAAAAUGAAACAGCCCUUUACAAGGAAGUUAACCAACAGGCAAGAAGGACGGGGUUAGUAAACUAUUAAACUUACGCUAAUCACGGUGGCUGUAAGGCCGGGCAGGUUCCAGCGCGAUCCGAAAGUAUAGGAGUGGCUUUGAGACAUUCGAUAGCGUCUGUCCGGUAAUGGAGUCUCAAGGAGACGAACAUAAGUACACGGUGUAAAUAAUACAUACAUCAGACGUAUGAUUCAUACAAACGACGUGAGGAUACACUUUUUAAAACAUUUUCGCAGAGCUCUGCCGAUUAAUUAAGCAAAACAGACUGAGUGGUUAAGGACAUAACAAUUACACAAAACCUGUGUAGUGCUACACCUUUUUCUCCACACCCAACUAUUCGGUUGGCCUCUUCAUUACACACGCCUAAAGAAAAAUCUUCAUUUUUCUAAUUUGACUUUUAGGUUACAACUACGUUUAUACACAAUUACACAACACAGUAACUUAUGUAUUUAGGCAGCUAAGAAUACCGAAUAAGGUAGAUACAUCGACAACGUGAGAUAUGCUAUUAUAGUACAUAUAUUCGCCAAAAAAAUAACUAUUGAGAAGGUUAUGAAGUCGUUGGCUGUGUUCAAAGCCCACAUUGAUAUCAAAGAUUAUGAUAUUGUACUCGUUUUUGUGUGUACAUUUUCGGCGCAUUCUAGCCUUUCAACGUCGAUUGCUGCGGCGAAAUAAGGCCUUCCUUCACAACAGGAGUAUUCUAGAAGCACGCACGCGGAUUGUCUAGGUGUAGUAUUUACGUCAAUGUUUCGACUAGUCGACAUGAAAAUCAGGGAACAGGACAAAGUUUAGCAGAUGUGCCGGCUCGUUUGCUGUGAAAGGUGCUAGGUGGCUACUAGCCCGUACGGUAUACAUGAUAUCAAGAAAUAUUUAGCCAGAGAUGAUAAGUGCUUUCCCGUCCAAAUGAAGUAUCAAUGCAAGUUAAGUAUGUGCUACUACAGGCCAAUGAGCUACUUAUGUUUUGUCCAGCCAUGACCGAGUGCCCUAAAGUUUAAGGACAAUAGGCUGAAACGCAGUUAACUUGAAGCGACCUAGGUAACAAGUAUGUGUAAGUGAAUCGAUUUGACCUCAUGCUUUGUACGUUGGUAGUUUACACGCGGCUCGAUUUGCUGGGUUCGCACUUUGUCUUGACAGGUCAUUGAUGGAUGGCGGCUCCUAACUAGAACAAAAAAAAGGCAAAAAAAAGGACAAAAGAAAUAUUUACGCAAAAACGCCGAUUUGCUUGUUCUGUCAUCGUUAGUUUUUGCGAUCUAGUUAGUCCAAUCUAUUGUCCACUAUAGAUCACCAUGACCCUCAACAAUGAAGCCUCCACGUGUCAACUCUAUUGUCGUGAUUGAACGGUGGGAGCUCAUUGUCUGACACGCUCGUUAUAGAAAAUAAUGAAAACCCUAUAGAACACUGAAGGCGCUUGAAAACUUUGAUUGAUGACCUUUCCGCUAGCGUUGCGCAGAGCUGAUUCUCGAAGACGACAACUGUUAAAGGUUUUUAUUUAGAAGCGCUGUGAAAUGUUAAUUUAAUGAUUUGUAUGUACAUAUAAUUAUGUGUGCUUAUAGAGUGCACAAAAAAUGCUGCGUCUAGAUAAUCGUAACCCUUGCCAACGGAGGCUGCCAGUUGUUUGUGGUCAGCUGAUUUAACUUACAAUGUGUUUUUCUGUAAGUCUGUGUUACGAGAUGAACGUUAGGGGAUUGUAGAAACCGCCAAACUGAGUUGACGAUGUUUGUCACGUCAAACGUCACUCCUGAUUAGGAAAAAGGAUAAUAAUGCAAUAAUUGUUUUUAUGAUAAUUUGCCGACAUUGAAAUAUAGUAAGAGUCGUAAUCCUUAGCAGGCCUUUGAACACUGAUACGUGUCUUAAUGAACAGAACAAUAAUGAAUAAACAUGAAGCCAUAACGAUUAACUCAUUGGGGGUUCGAGUUGCUGAAUGGAAGGGGUGAAAAAGGGAUUUUGUAGCGCUCGACAGUAUUAUUUUCUAUAUUAUUUUUGGUCUUUAUGAGCUACAGUAAAAAGAAAACCAAAGAUUGUUGCUCUGGUCUUAUUGACACUUGUAGAUCAAUAGAAGCAUGAAAGAAAUAAUAUGUUUAACACCAGUAUGAUUUAGCAUUGGGUCAAUAAAAAAAAACUGUCCCGAAACAUUUAACGUUGCCCACUUCAAUCUACUCUAGUCGAAGUGGAACAGUUGAGGUUGCUAGUCUUCGAGGACUAUCCGAAACUAAACAAUAAUGGAGGUGCAAAUUAAGGGUGAUAUAAACAUCAAGAGAUGUAUCUGUAUGUAAACGACAAAGAAGAGUGGAUGCCAUCCAUCGUUUAUGUCAUUGUUUAUUAUUAACAAAAUUAGCUGUGAAUAAAGGUGAACGGCAAACUGUUUCCGUGGCAUGAUUCGCCUUUGGGCAUCUGCCAAAUACGUUACGUGGUUUUCGUUUUCAGGUUGUUGGCAACAUUUUCAUACAACAGAUUGUUUAAUUUACAUAGCCUGACCCUUUAGCGCGUAGCAAUUAGGUUUAUCUGUGUCGUUACGAGACCUCGGUCCGACACAAGUCUACAAACAAGCACAUGCCACUAACUAAUUCGCCAUUAUACACACAUGCUUGCAAAAAGAGAACAAAGCUUUUGAGUUUUUCUGUGCUCCGCUAACGUCUAGAACUAGUCGCUUUUGCAUUACUAUAUCAGCAUCAAUAUAUAGAAAUGCGGGCGUGGAACAUACGAAAGCAGGCAAACUAAAACUGCUCUCUCAAUCCAGGAACACAAAGGAAAAACUAUUUUUAGCGGAAAUAAUACUAUGUGACGCUACCGAUAUGAGCGUCCGUCUUCACUGGCGACGGGUCCACACAAAACGCGCCUAUAUAUUGUAUAUAUUACCUGUACAAUUGAAAGUGAUAAGGCAAUGAGUAUCUACAGGAAGGAGAUGAUGAAACGUUUGCUGAAUAUAUAUAUAUAUAUAUAUAUAUAUAUAUAUAUAUAUAUAUACACACACACACACACACCUAGAGUGAAUUUGGAAGACGGAUAUUUGAUAAAACUGUAAGAUUGAUCGAUCUGCUGAUUGAAGACGAUCAUGAAGGGAUGUCAUCUAUGUUAAAUAGCUGAGCAGAAACGGUAGCUGUGGGUCUACAUCUGUGUGCUUGUGAAUUAUGAACAAAGAAACAAUAUCAAAUAGGGGAAUUGACAAGUGAGUGCCACGUAAUGCGUUUGUCUAGUCAUUGUAUUGAUGCGACAGUUUCUGUCCGAGAGAGAAAAAUCAGAUGCGUGAGCUUAACUAGAUCGUUAAUUGAGAGACAAACAGAAAAACCAAAACAAAAACCCAAUAGAUCAGGCAACAAAGAAAAUCACCAGUAAUCAGCUAGCUAUAACAUAGAACAUAUUCAACACACAUAGGGGGAUAUAUGAACAAGAAUGUUUACCCGUAAAAGCGUAGCGUACAACCACUACGACAGACCAUAGCGGCCGAGUGGUACAUAAAUAUAAAGUGGCAUAAAGGUGAACUGCCCACAAGAAUAUAUAGAGUAUAAUGAAUAUGAUAUAGAUGAAUGAAAUUAUACAAAUGGUUA